CGCGAUGUUAUAUGUGUCAUGUUUCUCAUCAGUUAACCUUUUUAACUAUUUGCUAUUCGAAAAAAUUAUCGUAAGAAAAUAAGAAAAAUUAAAUAAAUUCUGCAUGCCCGAAGAUAUUGUUCUAGUUAAUGAUAAAUAAAUACUGUAAAUAUGUAUAUACUUGGUCGAUAUUUUUUUUAAUUUUUAACAAGUAACGAGCGACAGCUAAAACCUUCCGAGGGUUACUCAGGAGGGUGACCUUGACAACAUAUGUCAGGGUCAAAGUCAUUGGGGCUAGUUCCGUUAACAUGCAUAUUUACCACGCAUUUCCAUUUUUCAUUUAAUUGUAUACCUUAUGCUAAGAAAUCUGAUAAAUAAUGUUACUAUGAUAUUUAUAACGCAUUCCCCUUGACAACUUAUUACUAAUUGAUCAAAUAAUAAUCCAUAGCUAAAAUUUAUUAUAAUCCUUAUUUGUAAUUCUUAUGUUGCAGCAUUGCCACAUGCAGCAAAGUUAUUUGAUUUAAUGUAUUGUGGUUUUAAUUUUCUGCAAAUUCCUCAGUUGGUUUAUUUCUGAUUGAUAUCUGGCUCCCUCGGUUAAAAAGAAGUACAUUCUGCGCACUUUGUAUUCUUGGUUCUAUAUUGAUUCUACGGAAAUUCUAUGUAUGUGCUGCAAAAUAUUCUCAACUAUAAACUGAAAAAAUCCGGAUAUAGAAAUCUUCUUAGUAUAUUCAAAUAAAUCGCAGUCGUUCUACAACAGUACAAAUAUCAGCGCAGAUUACGAAGGAGCUCAGUAAGUUUGCAAGUACGGAGAACGCGCAACCCAAUAUUCGCAGAGCAACAGGGACAUCGCACUAAUCGCAGGCGAUCGAACGAUUAAAACGAACGCGUGGAGCAUUGACUGUUCACAACCAUGGAGGAAAAAGUAACAAAGUCCGAAAUUCAAUCCUUCUACAUAGGCAAGACCGUUUUUAUUACUGGCGCUUCUGGAUUCAUGGGUAAAGUUCUCUUGGAAAAAUUGCUGUAUUGCUGUUCCGAUCUCGUCAAAAUCUACGUUCUCAUGCGUAUGAAGAGAGGCCGCAGUAUCGAAAGUCGGCUUGACGACAUGUUCAAAUUGCCUCUGUUUCAAAGAUUGCGGAAUGAGAAACCUAAUCUUUUUAAGAAAGUGAUACCGCUGAAUGGCGACAUAUGUUUGCCCGAUUUAGGUCUCAUCGAUCAACAACGAGAGCUCUUAAUAAAUGAAGUAAAUGUGGUAUUUCACUUCGCCGCGACACUUCGACUGGAAUCGAAAUUGAAAGAUGCCAUUGAGAUGAACACGACAGGUACACAAAAAGUACUGGAUGUGGCAAAAGAAAUGAAGCAUCUAGAAUCCUUCGUGCAUUUAAGCACAGCUUUCUGUCACGUCGAUCAAGAGGAACUUGGCGAACGUAUCUACAACCCGCCCGUUGAACCUCAAGAUAUCAUGAGACUUGUUCAGUGCUUAGAUGAUGAGAGUAUCGAUCUUAUUACGCCCAAAUUAUUACAUCCACAUUCAAAUACUUACACGUACUCGAAACGUUUAGCAGAAACGCUGGUGGCCAACGAAUACCCCAAUAUACCUUGCUGCAUCGCUAGACCAUCGAUCGUACUACCUAGUUACGAAGAGCCGAUGCCAGGAUGGGUCGAUAACUUAAACGGACCAAUAGGAUUGCUAGUCGGUGCAGGCAAAGGUGUUAUCAGAUCAAUGCACUGCAACGGCAAUUAUCACGCCGAAGUUAUACCAGUAGAUUUCGCGAUUAAUACAUUAAUUGCAAUUUCAUACAAACUUACUACUGAUAAAAAAAAAUCAAAAAGUAUUCCCGUAAUCAAUGUAACGCAAGGCAAUAUAAAACGUAUUACUUGGGCAGAAAUACUGGAAAAGGGCAGAGAGCGCCUUCACGAAUAUCCUUUCGAUGGAGCCAUUUGGUAUCCAGAUGGCGAUAUGCGUAGCAGCAAAUUUGUGCAUAAUCAUUUCAUCUUCUUCUUUCACAUUAUUCCCGCGUACCUCAUUGAUUUCCUGAUGUUAAUAUUUCGGCAGAAAAGAUUUAUGGUUAAUCUCCAAAACCGAAUCUCAAACGGUCUCGAACUGUUGCAAUAUUUUACCACGAGAGAGUGGAAAUUUUGUAACGAUAAAUUCAUCAAACUGCACGAGGAAUUACAAGGGGCAGACAAGGAAAUGUUUAUAAACUUACGUUACGAUAGUGAUCUAGAUGAAUAUAUUAAAAACGUUAUCCUUGGCGCACGGCAGUAUUGUAUGAAGGAGGAUCUGUCUACUCUACCGAAAGCCCGUCGGCAUCAAAAAAUAAUUUUUUUUAAGUGUAAAUUUUGGGGUUUUUCAUCAAGCAGAAUAAAAAUGAAAUAUGUACAUAAUGUUCAUAUUCAUGCCAAUAAAAAUGUUUAAUAUUUAUUUUUUCCUCUUUAUUCUUAAAAGGUAACAAUAGGUACAUUUCUAAGAGAAACUGGAU